AUGAAGUUUUUGUUCCUAUUAGCUAUUCCAGUUGCUAUCUAUUCAAUAUCGUGUUCGUUGUAUUACACUUGGUUGCCAACAAACUUUCGAUUCGACAAAGAUGUCCUUCACCAACUAGCACAAGAAGCAAUUGAGCAGCAUCCAAAUAAUGUUACUGAAUUGAUGAUUGAUUUGGGAGCUAAAAUUAAGCACCAAUACCCCGAUAUUGUUAAUGAAUUAAAUUUCAAUGAGUGGGUAUACAACAAUGCAGGGGGAGCUAUGGGUACCAUGUUUAUCCUUCAUGCAUCAAUCACAGAAUACUUGAUCUUCUUUGGUACAGCAAUUGGGACCGAGGGACACACUGGUGUUCAUUUCUCGGAAGACUACUUUAUGAUUUUACAAGGUGAAGAGAGAGCAGCACUAGCAGGAAAUUUGGAACCAGAAGUGUACAAACCUGGCGAUUGUCAUCAUUUAGUCAGAGGCCAAGUUAAACAGUAUGCUAUGCCCGGUGAAUCGUGGGCUUUGGAGUACGCACAGGGAUGGAUACCAUCAAUGUUGUUCUUUGGGUUUUUGGAUACAUUCACUUCAACUUUGGAUUUCUACACUCUCUAUUUGACAUGUUAUUAUACCGCUAGAGAUAUGUUGAAGAAUUUGCUUAAUGGUAAGAUUUAG